CCAGCUGCUCUCCAGCAAUGCCUCCAGACUUUGACACCAACAUGAAGUUCAAGUUCUCCAUCCUGGCGCUUCUUCUGGAAGUCAUUGUCAUUGUUUUGUAUGGGAUAUUUGUGGAAUAUGACAAAAAUUUUUCUGCUAUGGAGUUAUACCCACACUUUCAAGAUGUCCAUGUGAUGAUAUUUGUGGGAUUUGGUUUCCUGAUGACCUUUCUGAAGAAAUAUGGAUUCAGCAGUGUUGGUUUCAACAUGCUCAUUGCUGCCUUCGGUCUCCAGUGGGGAAUUCUUAUGCAAGGAUUUUGGCACAUGAAAGAAGGGAAAAUUCCUAUUAACAUCAAAAGCAUGAUAAAUGCAGACUUCAGUACAGCAACUGCUUUGAUUUCAUUUGGAGCUCUCCUGGGGAAAACAAGUCCCAUUCAGAUGCUGAUCCUGACUCUUCUGGAGAUCACUAUCUUUGCAUGCAAUGAACACCUAGUUACCGAAGUAUUCAAGGCCACAGAUGUUGGAGCUUCGAUGACUAUCCAUGCUUUUGGAGCUUAUUUUGGUUUGGCUGCAGCUUUCGUCUUGUACCGUCCUGGUCUGACAAACAAACAUGAAAAUGAUGAAUCCACCUAUCACUCAGACCUGUUUGCAAUGAUUGGUACCCUGUUCCUUUGGCUUUUCUGGCCCAGUUUUAACUCUGCCAUUGCAGAGGGCCAAGGAGCUCAGCCAAGAGCCAUUAUCAACACUUACUACUCCUUGGCUGCCUGCACCAUCGUAACAUUCGCCCUCUCCAGCUUGGUUGAUAAAAGAGGCAAAUUCAGUAUGGUCCUCAUUCAAAAUGCCACCCUGGCAGGAGGAGUAGCAGUGGGUACCUGUGCUGACCUGGCAAUCCACCCUUUUUCUGCCAUGUUCAUCGGGGUCAUUGCUGGAAUUGUCUCUGUCCUUGGAUUCCAGUUCCUGACUCCUGUGAUGGCAUCCAAGCUGAAAAUUCAAGACACUUGUGGAGUUCAUAACUUACAUGGUUUACCUGGAAUUCUGGGGGGUGUUGCUGGCAUCAUCGUAACAGCAAUAAAAAGGGAAACGAGGGAGGGACACCUGCUUACUCCUUCCAUCCAGACUGCUGCCCUAGGAAGUACACUUGCAAUUGCAAUGGUGGGAGGAGCUCUCACAGGUGCUAUUCUAAAGCUGCCCUUCCUGGGACAAGUGUCUGACCAGAACUGCUUUGAUGACUCUGCUUAUUGGGAGGUUCCAGAGGAGGAGACUGUACCCGAAAUUCACUCCAGCCACCGUGAUGAGCACAGCAGAUUUGAAGCUGCCAUGUAGAAAAAUAAUUAAUCUGCUAUGUUUGUCCUAAUGAUGCUCUUUUUUGUUUCUAAUGCUAAGAAACAAUGAAACAACAUCCAAGUAUUGUCCCAACCACACCAGGUUUUUAAGAAAAUGCUGAAGAUAGCUAUAUUUUUUUAAAAGAAAGCAAGCUUGAUUUUAGAUUACUUAGUCAUUAUGCCAAGCUCAGGUGAAUAAAUUAGGUCCUUCUAAUAUAUCUGUUCAUCAGAAAAAGGCACCACAAACUGCUCUUUAAAAUUAUCUAUAUUUUAUCUUUUUUUUGUCACUGACAGCAGUAUAGCUGUUGUAAUAAACUUUGGGUUUCAAGAUUAUUACAAGAUAUAUUUAAUUGUGAGAUUUCUGAGUUACAUCCUCCAACUGCAUAGGGGUAAUCAAAAAGAUUAAUUGAUAUUUUUUUAUAUGGAUUCAAACAAACUUUUCACCAGAGAAUCCCAGCUUAACUUUUUAAGGAAGUGUGUUGUCCUCUUUUCCGAUGGAGGAGAAAAUGUGCUGUACUUUGAAGUUUGACUAUGACAGGAAGCAAAAUGUUGAAAUAAUUCUUAUGACAAAGCACAAAAUACAGUGAUUGAUAAGGCAUUAUGAAUAUCAAGAGUCAUUGUUAAUAUGUUUAUUGAAAGGGCAAAGAAAGUGAAAUUGUAAAAAAAUUCAUUAUUGUCAUAGAUUUAUUUAUUUUCAUAGAUUUAGUUAGUUUCAAAGAUGUAAUAAAGGAGCUCAGUAGGAGCUAUGAAAACCAAGUGAUUGCAUAAUAGUUUGCAUAAUAAUUACUCUAUUUAUUCAACAGUAAUAAGUGGUUUGUAGCAGUGUUAACGUCAAGAAAUAUAACCUGAACUUAUGCCAGCUCCAGAAAAAUAUGAAUUCUUUGGAACUGAUUGGAAACUGCACUCAACCUACAGAAGACUUGGCAGAGAACUUCCAUGGGGGGAGUCACUGACUCUGACGUCACUUUUUCUCCUGAAAGUGAAAGCAAAAAGAAGAAAACUGAAGCUAAAUUAAGAAAAAUUAACUUAAUUGGAGAAGUGAUGACAGUGGCUGCUCAGUUCAGAGACAAAAAAUUGAGGUAGCUGGAGGAACUCCAUGAGGUGCCUUCGUGCAUGGGAUAUUCCAUUGAGAGACAAUGGAUGGGAAGUGGAAAUAAAACAGAAGGAACACAGGGCCUCAAUCUGUCAUUCACAGAAAGAUACUGCUGAUGUCUCUGAAUAAAAGGCCAAAGUGGGUGAACUUUCAAUAUUUUUUUUUAUAUUAGGAUCUUAUCUCAAGUCUUACUUAUCAGACUUAAGGGGAAAACUCCUAUCAUAUAAAAUAGCACAUAUAUUUUCAUUUCUGCUGAUGUAUUUUUCCUUGAAAUCUUUAGGCAGGGCUGUCCCAUAUGUUAUACCUGCUGUAUACUCCUACAUAUGUCAGAUUUCUAUCCAUGAAUAAAAAUACAUUUGUUGUAUCUCACUUUAGUCCAGAUAAGCUCUUUUGCAGAUGUGCAAUGACUGAUUGUCUUCUACCUUGUUGGCUGUAAGAUGUCCUUUAUCCUCCCUAAGAUGUCACACAUUCAUUUUUGUAAAAACUGGGGAAUUAUUUAACAAUGUAAAUAUCACAUUUUUAAAGAUUUUUAAAGUAUUUUGUGCAUAAUUUAUGAAGUGUUGAAGUACUUGAAAAAUAUUCCAUCUGUGGACAGCCUGUAAAAAUCUUACCUUCAAUAUAUGAAUUUCCCCUCAAAUUCCUACUUGGGAAUUCAGAAGGUCUUACAUUCACCUUAAAGUGGGUGAGGCAAUUUCACCAGUUUUGAGUGCUGACCACACAGGAGUACCUGAGCGAGGAAGCACCAUCCACUGGCAGCAAAUCUUUGAAUUAUAGAAUCCUUAAGGUCGGAAAAUACUUCCAAGAUCAACAAGUCCAGCCUUGGAUGGAUUUUCAUAAUGGCCAGUAAGCCACAUUGACAAUGCCGUGUCUACUCACUUCUUGAACACUUCCAGGGAUGGUGAAUCCCCUGCUUCCCUGGGCUGCCUGUUCCAAUGUUCAACUACUCUUCCAGUGAAUAUUUUUUUCCUAAUAUCCAACCUAAAUUUUCCCUAGUGAAUAAUACCCUCAAUAAUAACAUUUAGGGUUUGUUUUUUUUUUAAAUCCAUAAAGGAAAAAAUGAACUAUACUGGUUUGUUCUCUAGUUCUCCUUAAAAUCUUUCCAUAGUAAUCCAUUCCUUCGUCCUCUUAAGUACUCGUUAUUGUCCCUGAAUUUCUUUUUCAGAAUAUUCCUCCCUCAGAGAAAUCAGUCCCUUAGGUUCUCUCAAAAAACUGAGUAGGAAGAUGAAUCUCUUCAUCUAAUCAGAGCUUUAAAUGCUGUUUUUUUUUUCAUGUGACUGUGCCCUUGAAGUAUACAAUUUGUUUCUCCAAAGUACCCUAAUUGCCCAUCUCUAUGUUGCAGAUGCCAGUGGCAUUUGGUUCUCUGGCUUAGGGUAUUUUCUUUGGUUGGUUAUUUCCCAAUUAAUCAAAUCUGUUUUGAAUCAGCAGAGCUUCAUUAAUAAUUAGUUCCAACUUCUAUGUAAUAUGUGACUGGACACUUAAAAGACAGAAGCUUAAAAUACUUUACUAAGAACCCUUUUGAGUAAACCUUACAAUGGCAGAAAAGGAAAGUAAGGAGUUAAACAAGACACAGAGUGGAGGAUGAGCUUAAAAGAUGGGACUGAAAAGUAAACAAAAGUUAAACUACAACUAUUUUAUAUUUGAAGCUCACAAUCAUCAACAUUUCUUUUCUUUCUCAUAAAAGACUGGCAAUGUUUUAUCCCUCCCAACAACUGCUCAACGCUUUCUGUCUUACCUUUGUUCUCACUUUAACUUGUUUUUAAAUUAAAAGAGCUUAAAUAAGAGGGUGUGGGGUUUUUGUUUUUUGUUUGGUCUUUUUAUUUGUUAUUUCUUUUUUUUUUUUUUAUGAGUAAAAACGUUCAUGAUAUCUUCUUUAAACUAACUAAAGGUCAAGUUUAAUGUCACCCCUUUUCAGAAUACCGUUUUUUUCUGAAUUUUCAGAAUACCAGUGGGUAACCAUAGUUUUGAAGGCUGUCUUACAGUUCUCUAUUCCUACCUCUGUCUGAGCAGUAUCUUUGCAUUUCAUUACUGAAAGGAAAAUUUAUUUGAAAGCCGUUGGCUGAAUAUUUGCUUACAAAAUUUCUUUUAAUAUUUGUGCUCAAAUCUGUUGCUGAAUAAACGUAUUAAC